GAGACUGAUGCUCGAGAAAGAGGAAGCAACAGAGCGCUGCAAUGUGCUUCAGAGCAUGCUGGACCAGACUGCCAAGCACGAGGGCAUCCCCGGCUCCAGCCAGCCGAAGCUGGAGAACCGAUUCUCGGACGUAACUUUGAGAGAAUCAAUCUCGGUCAGCCCAUCGGGGCACAGUGAUCUGGCGAGCGGUCUUGUGCAGUCCGCCGAGCCUCCCAAACUCUUCAAGCCCAGCUCGACGCCGCGGCCCAAGCGAUCGAGCAGCAUCUCGCAGAACAUCUCGGAGAUUUAUGCGAUUGGAAAGGAGCUCUUUGGUCGGCGAGAAGGCAUCCCGCCCUCCCAGCACAGUCCGCUGGAAAGAGCUCUGGUUGAGACCCAUUCCCUGGAGCCUGGUGCGAGUCCGUUGCAGCAGCCAAUCCCGACUAGCGCAGAGUCAGCCCAUAGGAGUACUCCCCAGCCGCUUCUCCAGCGCAAACUUAGCAUCGGCAAUCUCUUAGGCAUGAUGCCCGGAGUAAAUGCCACGGCUGAAGACGCAGGCACAGAUCACCACAACAGCAGCACCCGUGCUCCACGGAGGCUGGGAGGACCGGGCGACCAAGCAUUCGUUCGAAGCGUCGACCACGGCGGCGAGGAUGGAGUCGCGGCGCGAGGCUCCGUUGGCUCGUUCUUUGGAGGGAAGCAGUUCAAGUUCAAGGCCAAAGGAGCCAAAGUCCCGGCGAGCUCCGCGACGCUUCUGGCCGAGGCUGCGGUCGAGGAGCCGCUGACAGAUGCUCACAGCGUGGAUGAUGUGACGCCUGUGGAGUGGACCAGCUACCAGCCCAACAAGAUCCGAGGCACUCCAACAAAAUGCUUUGAAUAGCAAAGGCACAGUCCGCCUCCAGGUCGUCCUGUGCGGAUGGUAUCAUGAUGCAGAUGGCAUCAUGAUGCAGUGCAGCAUCUCGCAUCGCGAGCCAAGCAAAUGGAUGCGUGGGAAAGUACCAGCUUGAGCCAGCGAGGUGAAGGGAUACAAUCAAAGUACAGAGCAUUUUGAUUCGUAUUCGGAAUAGCCAGGGCCCUAGUUUUGAUCGAUGCUGUGUUGGAAAGGGACACUGUGCGUUGGCUAUGAUCGUCAGCCGGUGCAGAUGGUGCAGCUGAUGUUACUUUCUGGAUCUUGAAUACACACCCCGUCGAUCGC